AGAGGGAGGAAGAGAGGGAGAGCACUCCCAGGAUGUAGCGAAAGAGAGAAAGAAUGAAGAACACUAUAAAGAUGAGGAAGUAGCACGCGGUCCAGAGGCAGAUGGGUGAGUGCUGAGAGCACUGGGAGGUGCUGUGGCGGAAGACAGUCUAAGUUACGGUGCGAGCAGACGCUGCUACACGUAGAAGAGCCAGCAAGGCAGCGAGAAAAUGGAAGACCACUAGACGUCCGAGUCAGCCCGCAUUUCACACGUCAACAUAAAAUACCCUGUAUGUGUCAGUCAUAGACUGGCGAGGAGUUUGCAGGGUGAAGGUGUGCUGGACACAUGGUGCAGUUGUGGCAGCUUGAUCUGAGGUGCAUAGCGACUGUUGCCAUGGAGGAAAGGAUCCCUUGCCGUAAUGGAGCGAGCUGUGACACCGUAUUGAGGAGCUCAUCAGAAGACAGUAACCCUAGUGCAGCCCACGAAAGGCAGGGCAGAGACUUCACAUGGACAAACGGCCAGCGUGUGCUAGCUGUAUCCACUUCCUCUAUGGUUACCCCAAACUUUAACCUGGAACUUUGCAGGACUCUGUUGGAGAAAAGGGGGUUCCAGAUCCCUGCAGACGACUUUGAGAUUCCUCUAGGAAUAGCAUUGGAUCAUCCCUCUGUCAGAAGGUUCCUGUUCUUCAACUCUUCCUUCUUUAAUCUCAUCAUGGCUCCCGUCAUGUACGCAGUUCUGUGGUGCGCUAUCUACUCCAGCCUGCACUGCGUCCUUGUAAAGAGACAUCUGGACUUCUGGGUUAUCUGCCUGUGUGUCAGCCUCAUCUCCAUCUUCCUCACCAUCGGCAUCAUCCUCAUCCUCCACCACAGUAACAAAGAGAUCAGCGUGAACGCAGACGUGCGCCUGGUGCAGGUGAACGAGCGGCUGAUCAGACACAGGCUGCUAGUGGGAGUGGCCGACUGGGUUCAUCAGUGUUCCGGGGAAAUACAGUUGUGUUGUGUGUUUUGGAACUUGUCCCCCUGCUUGCAAACCUUAACUGAAACACUAGAGGAGCUGGGUUUUGUUAGGAAUGUGAUACAGGACAAACUCAAGAAAAAAAUGUCCCACCUCCUUCUAGUGGCUGAAGUCACGACCCUUGAACCUGUUGAUCCUGAUGAGGAGAGUCCACUACUUGUGGACAGUAGCAGGAUAAACCCUACAAUCAGGCAGAGGGAUGAGGCUCAACUGACCAGAAACUACAGCCUGAUACCUGAUUGUACACUCUCACAUCAGGAUAUUGCUUAUCAGCUUUUGAUGACCUACAGUGCAGUUUAUGUGAAACUGUUGGUAUCAGAAAGGCUUCCUAGUCCCUCACAUCGCCCCCUAAGUGCAGAGAGAGUCCACUGCACAACUGCACCACUGUGCCUUUGUCAGUAUGUACAGUGCAAAAUCCUGCAGUAGCCUAAUGUGGUCAAAAUAUUGCCCAACAUGUAUUUUAAUAGAUAUGCAUGACAGUUGCACUGGCAAUGCUUGAACAAUCAUCACCUGAGCCUACUUUUCUUUCAUUUAAAAAAAAAAGUUUUAACGCUGCUAUGUGAAAUACAUAUGCUUGUUAAGUUGCA